AUGGCCCGUGCUCAACACCACGACGAAGAACUCAACAAGAUUCGAAAUGAUUCUUCGUCCUCCACAAUGGAAUUGCGAGAUCACCCUAUACCCACCUCCAAGAACCAUAUUACCUGCGACAUUUCCACCGGUAAACCUCGACCUUUUGUUCCCAAGGCCUUUCGCCGCACCAUUUUCGACUCCCUCCACAACCUUUCCCACCCAGGCAUCAAGGCAACACAACGCCUGAUCACUGAACGAUGUGUUUGGCCCAGCAUCAACCGCGAUGUACGACAGUGGACCAGAUCAUGUCUACAAUGUCAACGCUGCAAAGUUCAACGUCACACCUGUGCACCCCUGUCAAACUUUGAGAUUCCCACCGCCAGAUUUUCCCAUGUCCACAUCGAUCUCGUUGGUCCUUUACCCCCUUCAAAUGGCAAUUCCUACCUCUUGACCUGCAUUGAUCGUUUCACUCGCUGGCCUGAGGAAAUUCCCAUUUCCACCAUCACAGCAGAAUCCGUGGCCCAAGCCUUCAUCACCCAUUGGAUCGCACGAUUUGGCGUUCCACACACGAUUACUACAGAUUGUGGAAAACAGUUCGAAAGUCAUCUCUUUGCUGCCCUAACCAACUUCCUUGGCACUACCCGUGUUCGAACUACCGCCUACCACCCCAUUGCUAAUGGUCUCGUGGAACGUUUUCAUCUCCAAUUGAAAGCUUCUCUUAAAGCUACCAACGACCCCUCGCACUGGAGUGAACGCCUACCCCUCGUUCUCUUGGGUAUCCGGAACGCAGUGAAAGCUGAUUUUGGCCACAGUGUUUCAGAACGAGUUUACGGAACGACCCUCUGUCUACCAGGAGUAUUCUUUUCCCACUCCACCGACCACCCUGUUCCAGAUCCUGCAUUCUACGUCGACCGCCUCAAACGAACCCUUAACGACCUGAACCCCCCACCAGACCGCCAGCAACGCCACAAAUCACAUGUUCCAAAAGAUCUACAAACGUGCACCCACGUUUUCAUCUGUCGUGACGCCGUACGAAAGCCUUUGCAGCCUCCGUAUGAUGGCCCAUUUAAAAUUAUUUCGCGAUCACCGAAAUAUUUUAAAGUCGACCUUGGCAAUUGCACUGAUACGGUAUCCAUCGAUCGUUUGAAAUGUGCGCAUCUCGACACAGAUCCUGGCUUGCCUUCUUCUACUCCAGCUACACAUACUACAUCUACAACUACAGAAGUACCUCAAGUUCGACGAACAAGAUCUGGCCGACAUGUCCACUUUCCUGAGCGUUACAUGGCAAUCGUUUGUCGUUAA